CCCCGGUUGUUACACAACCAACCUGAUUGCAUACAUGUAUUUAACUUUUGUAAAAAUAGAAUGUCAUGAGUAUGAACAACUCCUGAAGCCAUAUAACCUACUAGGCCAAGAAGUUAAGAACACCUGUCUGGGUAAACGUUACAGGGAUAGCCUAGGUGCUGACCUUGUAUUUACACUGUUAUUAGAAUAUUAUGUUGAAAGAAACAAAGUACCUCUUAGUCAGCUACCAGUGCAGUCAUCUUGUUCCAAGACAGGUUCGAAGAUUAACUUGACAAAGGUGACAACAGGCAGCUUGAUUUUUGCAUUGAAUUUGAUGCACUACGAUUUUGUACUACGUGAGGCGACACUUCUAUCAGGCAAUGAAAAAAGUAAUAGUCCAUUGAAUCACAUGUGUACAUGUGUAUGGAUGGAAAAUCAGACAAGAGACGAGAGUUGUCGUUUCUGUGUUCAAAUCGAUAUAUCUUCUUCAGACGUCCACCGGUGAAAGAUUCUCAACACCUAUGCAAGCUUCGUAUAUCGGUAGAUAAAAUAGACAUUGUAUCAUUUUAGGUUUCACGAAAGAAUCGUAGGUUUUGACGAAAAUGACUAUCCGGUGCCUCGUUGAUUU